GGUACUCCUCUGGUGUGACAAGGUCGUUAGGAAAGAAAGAUGGCGUCUUUCCUUGGAAAGUUACGAUUCCUCAAGUCACCUCUAACGAGGCGCUUGGCAACUUCAGUCGACGCUAGUUAUAAGGAUUCUCUCCCAGCCAAAGUUAGCGGACACCCUGAAGCCGAAAUAAAAAGAUGGUGGGCCAUCACCUUGUGGAUGAUUGGAGUUUGUGCAGUGACCCGUGUUUAUCAAAUGAUGGAUGAAAACCAUGGAAAACGUCCAGAAUUUAUACCAUACCAACAUCUCAGAAUCAGGAAAAAGGCUUUCCCCUGGAAGGAAGGAUCACAGAAAACACUUUUCUGGUGCCCAAUCACUAACGCAGGAUCAGAGGGAUACCUGGAGAUGACCCCCGAUGAGGAACUGAAAUGGGGGAAAUACCUGCAUGGACAUUAAGGAAUGUCUGUGAUAGUGACAGAGUUAAACGAAUUGAUGUUUUAAUUACUUUUGGGCCAGAGUGUACCCAUCCUUAAAGGAAUGCUACAAACAACACCUGAUGUUAUGUAACACAAUGACAACAACAAAUAAAAAACUGUUGUCUCUUUGA